AGUGAUGCAGGGGGUAGCGAUAAGUUGCAGAUAAGAGAGAUGCAAAAGGCAGGACUGAUGGGACUUUGUGGCUGACUGGAUAUGAGCCCAAGAGAGCGGAUGAGUCUAGGGUGACUCCUCGUUCCUGAGGGCUUAAUUGAUACCAUUUACUGAAUGAGGCCUCAGGGUAAGCAGGGUCGGGGAGAGAGAUUCAGAUCAAUGAUGUAGAUGUCACUUUUGUGGUGCCUGUGGGACAUUUAAGUGGGAAUGAAUAGCAGGCAGUUGGUUGAGAGUUCUGGGCUGAAGAUGUACAUCUGGAAACCACAGUGUCCAUAUGGUGGUUGAAGCCACGGGAAGGAAUGAGCUCAUCCAGCAAAUGUGAGAGUAAGGAACGCAGAAACGAAACUCCCCCGGAAUGCCGAGCAGAGCUGAGAAGCAACAGUUAAAGGCAGGAGGAAAUUCGGAGGAGCCGGACCCACAGAGGGUUGAGAGAACAUUUGAGAGAGUCAGCAUCAUGGUGCCAGAAACUGCAGAGAUGCUGCAAUAUAAGAACCCAACGCACCUGGACCAGCAACGGGAACCCUGGAAUCGGCUCAACUCGAUUCCCACGAUCACCUCCAUUAGGCGGAAUUCUUAUUUUUUUGAAUCUGAGAUUCCAAAGGAUAAUCUGGAUUUCCGCUUAGCUGCCUUGUACAACCACCACACGGGGUCGUUCAAGAACAAAAGUGAGGCCCUGAUCCACCAGGAGACCUCCAAGGACACCCGUGGGAUCAUCAACAUCCAGGCCCCUGGAGAACACUUACCCCCUGCCCCACCACUGCCCACCACCUCCCGAGCUAACAUCAGACAAUGGAUCAGCCCUAAGAGGGAGUCCAUCCACAGCAUCCACGGGUCCAUAGGUUCCCAGUGAAGACAAAGGAUCUGAAAUUCACAGCCCACUCCCUCUUUUCUCCAGUGUCCCCUCACACUGCAGCCACCAACAGAGGCUACUCCCGAAAGACGGACGGUGGCUUCUUCUCCACCUGACGCUGACAGGCCCCUGGAUUGAUUGGUC